AAGAAAAGAACGGGCAUGGAACCGGCUUCCACCUGGGCACGGGGUGACCACCUUGCCGCCUGCAAGGAGUGGUUUAGGGGCCUGAGCAGCAGCAGGACCGGAGGGGCGGGCGCUGCCCGGACUCAAGAUGGCAGCCGUGGUGGGCGUGGCCAUCCACUGGCGGCCGCGGUGGGCGUGGCCAUCCACUGGGGGCCGUGGGGAGGAGUGGUAUCGGCGGCCGUGGGCGUGGCCAUCCCCUGGGGGCCGGGGGAGGGGUGGGAUCAUGGCCGCCGCGGUGGAGCGGAGUCCCCCGGACGUGGAGGAGGAGGUAGGGGAAGCAGUGAGGGCUACGACGGGGAGCCUGUGCGAGGGGCGGUGGCGGAGCAGCUGGUUCUGGUGGAAUUGUCAGGAAUUAUCGAUUCAGACUUUCUCUCAAAAUGUGAAAAUAAAUGCAAGAUUUUGGGAAUUGACACUGAGAGGCCCAUUCUGCAAGUGGACAGCUAUGUAUUUGCUGGAGAGUAUGAAGACACUCUUGGGACCUGUGUUAUAUUUGAAGAAAAUGUUGAACAUGUGGAUGCAGAAGGCAACAAUAAAACAGUGCUAAAAUAUAAAUGCCAUACGAUGAAGAAGCUCAGCAUGACAAGAACUCUUCUGACAGAAAAGAAGGAAGGAGAAGAAAGCAUAGGUGGUGUGGAAUGGCUGCAAAUCGAGGAUAAUGAUUUCUCCAAUAGACCCAACAUGAUUUGUAACUUUCUACAUGAAAAUGAAGAUGAAGAAGUUGUAGCUCCAGCCCCAGAUAAACCGUUGGAGUUGGAAGAGCAAAACAUUCAAAUGAAGUUUAAUUCAAACCUGAGCUAUGAACAGGAAAAACCACCGCACUUGGAAGUAGAGGAUUCUGGUCCUCUUAUUGAUACUCCUUCUGAAACAGAAAGUUCUGUGUUUAUGGAAACUCAAGAUGCUGCCUUAGAAAUCACUCCUAGAUAAAAUGUUUUUAAUAAUAAAUAGAAUUUUUUAAAUUUUUAUAUAAAA